GGCAGUAGUAGUUUUAUUGUGAAGCAGUGUUUCCUGUGUGCUCUGUGUUUUCGUGUACCUCUUCUCGCGUGUGUCUCGUGUUUCUUCCUGCUCCUCUGUUCCGGAGGAUCUUAGAUCUUGUACAAACUUUACCCGCUUUAAAAUGACUUUGUGUUAAACUUUUACUCCGGAUCUUUCUGUAAAGUCCGGAUUCACGAUGAUUCUGUCUCUUCUGUGCGCGAGUCUCUGCGUUUGUUUCAUCACAGCUGCAGUUUCUCCGCCGCUGGAACAAGACGAGUACGACUCUCUGUACUCGAGGCUGGAGGACUUCGAGGUCUUGUCCUGGUCUGGAUUUCAGACUCACUCGGUCCGACGCCGUGACCUGGAGCCGCAGAGCCACAGUGAGAAACUGCUCAGCUUCAGUGCCCUCCACAGGCACUUCCGGCUGUACCUGCGGACCAAUGAGGAGCUGUUCUCUGAGGGCUUCAAAGUCGUGGUCGUCGAGGGCGGAGUUGAGCGAGAAUAUCCUGUGAACCGCAACAACUACUACACUGGACAUGUCAUCGGAGAGGAGCACUCCAGAGUCCAGGCGCUCAUCGAUGACACCGAGUUCUCGGCUCGAAUCUUCACUCACGAUGGAGAGUUCAACAUCGAGCCGUUGUGGAGGUUCAGCACAGCACCCCCUGAUGACCGUCUGCUGGUGUAUCGCUCUGAGGACAUAAAGAACCUGAGCCGAGUCCACCAGCCCUCAGUUUGCGGCUACACGACCUCUGACCCCUCACUGCUCCUGCCUGAUGGGGUGAGGGAGGAGCUGAGGGAGGUGGAGGAGACAAGUGAGACAGAGUGGAGGGGCAGGCGUCAGGUGUAUGACCACAGCAGAAACACGUGUCCGCUGUUGCUUGUGGCCGAUCACCGAUUCUUCAAAAACAUGGGCCGAGGAGAAGAGAGCACCACCCUCAACUAUUUGAUUGAGUUGAUUGAUCGGGUGGAUGAUAUUUACAGAAACACGUCGUGGGACCAAGAGUUCAGUGGAUACGGAGUCCAGAUCCAACAGAUCAUCAUAGAAAAGAAUCCAACCCCGGUGCUCCCAGGACAGAGCCACUUUAACAUGGAGGGCAGCCCGGAGCAGGGGAAGGAGGUGUGGGAAGUCAAGGCGCUGCUUGAGCAGUUCUCAUUGGACAUUGCGGAGAAGGCGUCAAAUGUGUGUCUCGCUCACCUCUUCACGUAUCAGGACUUUGACCAAGGAACGCUCGGACUCGCCUACGUCGCCCCCUCCAAACCGGAUAUCGCUGGAGGACUCUGCUCCAAAUCAUGUCCAACUUCUUCAAACGCUCAGAGAGCAAUCUAUCUGAACACAGGUCUCACCAGCACCAAGAACUAUGGCAAAACCAUCCUGACCAAGGAGGCUGACCUGGUGACCACUCACGAGCUGGGACAUAACUUUGGGGCGGAGCAUGACCCGGACAAAAUGGCGGAGUGCGCUCCACGAGAGGAUCAGGGUGGGAAGUACGUCAUGUACCCCAUCGCUGUGAGUGGAGACCACGCCAACAACAAGCUCUUCUCAGAGUGCUCUAAGCGUUCUAUAGUGAAGCGUCUCCGGUGGAAGGCUCCCUCCUGCUUUAAGCCCAGGACGGUGAACGUUUGUGGGAAUUCUCGUGUGGAGCAGGGAGAGGAGUGUGACCCCGGUCUCCUACACCUGACCUCUGACCUCUGCUGCACCAGCACCUGCCAGCUUCGGGAGCAUGCACGCUGCAGUGACAGGAACAGUGCCUGCUGUAGAAACUGUCAGUUUGAGGUCAAAGGUCAAGUGUGUCAGGAGCCCAUUGAGGCCACGUGUAAAGGCCACUCCUACUGCACAGGGGACAGUAGUGAGUGCCCGCCCCCGGAGAACGCCCCCGACCACAGCUCAUGCCUAGACAGCGGGCGCUGUAAGGACGGAGUCUGCGUGCCCUUCUGCCAGGUGGAGCUACAGCUGCCACCCUGCGCCUGCAACGAAACGCAUUCUUCCUGUAAGGUAUGCUGCCUCACCAGCAGGGGGCAGUGUACUCCAUACAAGGACGAUCGGGGCUUCCUGUUUCUUAGAAAGGGCAAACCGUGCACGGUGGGAUUUUGCGACGGAGACGGGAAGUGCAUGAAGCAGGUGCAGGAUGUGAUCGAGCGUCUGUGGAACUUUAUUGACAAACUGGACAUAAACACGUUUGGGAAGUUUCUGGCCGACAACAUUGUCGGGUCUGUGCUGGUCUUCUCUCUGCUGUUCUGGGUCCCGCUCAGCGUCCUGGUACACUGUGUGGACCGAAAACUGGACCAACAGUUCGAACAGAACACCAAGUCCCUCUUCUUCCCCAGUAAUGGGGAGCUCUUGAGCAGUCUGGACUCUGCCUCAGUUCGGAUCUUUAAGCCCUCAUUUCCAUCUGCAAUGAGGUUCCAGUCGGCGUUUGGACCGAACCAGACCAGCACCCCGCCAGUGUCCUGCUCCGAGGGCCCGGACCAUCCCAGGGACCCUCUCAAAGACCCCCACAGGGACCUCCUCAGGGAUCCCCAUACGGAGCCCCCCAUGAAUGCUGAGCGCAGUAACAUGUUGGUGGAUGGACACCGAAUGGCCACGAUCCAGGAACAGCCCGACCUCGACCAAUCACUGCCCAGCGACCUUGAGAUUGACCAAUCACAGCGCAGCGAGGGGGCGUGGGCUAAAAGGUCCUUCGACGAUUUAACCGAAAACAAACCCAACCCAAAACAAAACACUCCAACCAAAGACAGGGACCAGACAAGAACUAAACCAGGAUUAAACCGGGACUACAGACUUCAGAGACAACUCAGCCCCAAAGAGACCCAGUGUUAGACCCGAAAUGAGACUGAACCAGGGCUGGACCGGGUUUAGACUGGGGCUAGACCAGGACCAGGGCCUGCACAGAGACUAAACUUGGUCUGGAUAAACAUUUACUAAGCUAAAGACAAUCAUUGAAAUACAGCCAUAAUAAUGCAGAUGAAAGUGCUAGACCAGGACUAGACCAGGACUAGACCAGGACUAGACCAGGACUAGACCAGGACUAGACCAGGACUAGACCAGGACUAGACCAGGACUAGACCAGGACUAGACCAGGACUAGACCAGGACUAGACCAGGUUUAAACCAGUCUUUUUUUGCCGCUUAUAAACCUUCAGUGUGAACCUUUAAUUGUAUUUAUUUAGUAUUUGUUAUGUUCAAUAGUUUUUAUGUUCUUGAUGUUUAAAAAGUGCCUCACCCAGUAUCAGUAUCAUAAAUCGGUUAAACUUCUGUCUGUAACUUUUACACAUAAAGAUUUAGUAAGAAAAUCAGUUUUUAUUUUACUGUUUUUAUUUACAGAAGUACCACAAGAGUCAUGUGACCACCUCUAAUUCCAUUGCUCCAAUUAGUGACAUUACGCUGUUACAGUAGAUUAAGUCCAUUCAUAUUCAGCUUUUUCUGGGUUGUGGAGUCAUGGAGUCAGCAGUCUGAGCAGAAAUGUCCAGACUUUCCUCACCCCAGACUCUUCCUCCAGCUCUUCUGGGGGGAUCCUGAGGCGCUCCCAGGCCAGCCAGUAGAGUUUGUGUCCUAGGUCUGAUACAAAGGGAGGGCAUCUGAUAGACACAUUCGCUCCAGUGUGUCCUGGGUUUUCCCUGGGGCCUCCUCAUGGAACAGAUGCCUGAGUCCCAUCAGCUCUACUCCGAGCUCCUCUCAUGUGACUGAGAUCCUCACCCUGUCUUUAAGGGAGCACUCAGCCACAAGGUUUAAAAUUCAGUUAAUUUAUUUUGUUAACUUUGCUGAUGUGUUCGGGUUUUGGUAUCAUGAAGCAUUACAUGCUUCAUUAUACCAAUAAUUACUGCAUUGUAAGAAUUCCUCCAACUGCAUAUUUUUAGCUACUGUUAAUCAGUUUUAUUUUCACAUGUAUAAAAAAUGCAAACAUAAAAUUAUAAUUUCCUGCU